UUCAAUAUGUAAACAAAUCAAUCGGCCAUUGAAUAUUUGGAUUUUAUAGGAGAAAAACUUAAAUUUCUUGAAGAUUACUAUUUAAAAAGUGCAGACGAGACUGACAGUUAAAUCAUACAGAAAUUUAUUAAAGUCUACAAAUAUAUUGAUGAGGGAUAUAAAGUAAUAUAUAUAGCUUAAUUUCAAGAGCUCCUAUAUAACUGAAGAAGAUUUAUUUAAAAAUUAUGGCUUCUUUUACCAGACUAUAAAGAAAUUUACAAGAAAAUUGGAAAACAAAAUAUAUUAUGAUAAGACAGAUUAUGAAGCUACACUUGAAAAAUUCGAAAGAUACUAAAUUAAACUAAUUCCUAUUUAUAAAGAACUAAUUCUUGAUGCUUAAAAACUUUAAAGAAUGGAUUUAGAUACUUUGCUUGAUUCUAAUAUGGUACAUCACAUUUACACAAAAAAAGAAUUAGGGCAAUUUUCACUUUAACUAUUUGAUUUUCUAAAUUUAGAUACAAUAACAGUACCUAAAAAUGUUCUUAGUGAAUUGAUAACAGAAAUUGUUAUGAAUUAUAAUGUUGUACCAUAUCAUAAUUUCACUCACGCAUUCUAAUUAUCACAAUUAUUGUUUUCUUGUUACAUGAAAUCCGAUUUAAAAAAAUUUUGUAAUCAAUUAGAAAUAUUUUCUGCUAUAUUAGCUGGAUUAGGACAUGAUCUUAAUCAUAGUAAAUAUAUAUAAAUUUAAUUUUUUAGAGGGUGUCAAUAAUUUGUACAAAAUUAAAAAAUCUAAGAAAUUUAAUAUUUUAACUUCAGAAAUAGCAGUAUUAGAAAACAUGCAUUGCGCAACUUUUUUCAAUAUCAUUUAAUAGAAUAGAUAACAUGACUUUUUUUAAUAUAUGUCUAAUGACGAAGAAAGAAAUUUAGCCAAAAGAUUAAUAAUAACAUCUAUACUAGCAACUGAUAUGGUUAUCAUAUAUAUAAUUAUAAAUUAGAGUAAACAUAAUAAAUUGCAGGCAAAGUUUUAGAAAAGAGUAGAGUGUACAAAAUAAUUUGAGCAAGGAGAAAAAAGUGAACUUAUUGAUUUAUAAAGAUUCUCAAAUGAAAGACUUGAGGAUAGAAUAUUCAUUUUAAAUAUUAUGGUACAUGCUUGUGAUAUAUCUAAUCCAACUAUGAGAUUUAAUAACUAUAUGAAUUGGUCAUAUUUAUUAACAUAAGAAUUUAAUGAUUAAGUAAAAAAUUAACAAUUAUCUAUCUAGACAAUCAAAGAAACUAAAGUUGGAGUUGAUGUUACAGGAUUUCUAAUUUAUAAGGAUAAACCUACUUAUUAUGGAGGCUAAAUAUUUUUCUCGAGUAAUUUAUUUAUUAUAUUAAAUUAUUAGAAACCUUUGUUUUUCCUUUAUGGCUUUAAAUUGGAGAAAUGUACCCAGAUUUAAAAUAUUUAUCAGAAGAAAUAAAUAAAAAUUUAGAAAUUUUAUAAUAAAAACUUAAAUAAUAAUGA